AUGCGUCCUGGAGGCCCCUCUUCUUGCCCCCUCAGCACCUGCUCAGCCACCGUGGAAGAUGACGGGAGCAAGCUGGACAGGCCUAGCCAUGUGUCGCUGGCCCGUGGAGAGGCCAUCCCGAGCCUGACCGGGUAUAAGAUGGUCUCUGUCUUCCCAGUGCUCCUGGUGUGGGUGAUGGGUAUCGUGGGCAAAGCCAUGGUGAUCCUGGGGCUGACUGCACACGACAUGCACACCCCCACCAACUGCUACCUGGUCAGCCUGGCCCUGGCUGACCUCACCGUGCUGGUGGCCACGGGGCUGCGCAACAUCUCCAACAGCCUGGCUGGGCAGUGGGUCCACAGGUACGCAGGCCGCCUGGGCAUCACCUACUUGCAGUACGUGGGCAUCAACGUCUCCUCCUGGUCCAUCCCAGUGUUCUCCGUGGAGAAGUUCAUUGCUCUCCACCGCCGGACGCGGGCGCAGACCGUGUGCACCGCGGCCGGGGCCAAGCGGGUCGUCGCGGCUGGCGGGGGGGCCUCGUCCGUCUACUGCCUGUAGGUCCUUCUGCUGGACCUGCACGUCAGCGAGAGCCGGGGCCCGCAGUGCGGCUGCAGGAUGUCCCGCAGCCUCUACGUGCCCAUGUACCUGCUGGACUGCACCCUGCUCUUCGUCACGCCCCUGCUGGUGGCCACCGUCCUCUGCGGGCUCACCGGGAGAGUCUUGUUCCGGAGCGUCACCAAGAUGCUGGUGGCCCUGCUGCUGCUACUUAUCUCCUUGGUGGCCCAGCCCCUCCUGGAUGCCUGGGUGCCCCUCUUCUGCCACCCCUGCGUCUACACCCACAGCACCAUCAACGCCGUCGUCUACAGCGUCAUGUCCCAGAAGUUCUGGGAGGCCUUUCGGCGCCCGUGCGGGUGUCCGUCGGGGAAGCAACGGGGGCGCGCAGCCUGCCACACCGCCACCAGCUGCAGUGUGGUUCAAGAAACCCCCCAGAAGACGCAGGCCGACAGGAGUGAGGGCCGGGGUCCUCAGGCCGCAGGGUCCCCACCCCAGCCGCAGGGGCCCUCGGUCAGCACGUUCUGA